UUGAGAUAUGGUAACACUUAAGCACAAUGUGAUUUAAAAACAACUAUAAUAUUGAUAUGCAAAAAUAAUAGAAACUAAAACACGACUAGAAAAAUGGAAUAACCGACUACAUUACUUAUCACUGAAUAAUAAUGAUAUUAUUCAAGGGAAUUCGGAGGGUGCAAACCCAGCUAAAAACGCCUGUUGACUUGGUGCUCAUCCGGUACUCCACGGCGGCAACAGUAUCGCCAUCACCCCAAGAUGACAAAAGUGUCAGUCCAUUGCCGCCAGUGUCCCAGUCGGGAAAAGUGCAGUUUUUACCCUGGGUGCCCAGUCCGUACACCAUUCCCGGGAAAACGUUCAGUCAGUACAAGAAGCUGUCUAAAUUCCGGCUAACAUCUCUGGUGGUCAUAACGGCCAUGGGCGGCUAUGCAAUGGCACCGGCUGCAUUUGAUCCCGCCUCGUUUGCGAUGUGCACGCUGGGCACAGGACUCGUUUCGGCCGCGGCGAAUGCCAUCAAUCAGUAUCACGAAGUUCCCUUCGAUUCGCAAAUGUCCAGAACGAAGAACCGGGUGCUCGUCACCGGCCAAAUGACUCCUCUGCACGCAGUCACCUUCGCGGCGGUAUCGGCAACCGCUGGACUGAGCAUGCUGUAUUUCGGGACAAACGGAUUGACGGCGGCGCUGGGAGCGGGAAACCUCUUCCUUUACACCACGAUAUACACGCCCAUGAAGCGGAUCAGCAUAUUGAACACCUGGGUGGGAUCGAUAGUGGGCGCCAUUCCGCCCCUGAUGGGCUGGGCGGGAUGUGCUGGCACCUUGGACGCGGGAGCCAUGAUCCUGGCUGGAGUAUUGUACGCCUGGCAGUUUCCGCACUUCAACGCGCUGUCGUGGAACCUGAGGCCGGAUUACUCUCGUGCCGGCUACCGGAUGAUGGCCGUCACCAAUCCGGGACUUUGUCGCCGCACCGCUCUGCGAUAUUCGGUGGCUAUCGCCGGACUUUCGGUAAUGGCACCGGUUCUGGACGUGACGAACUACUGGUUUGCUUUGGAAACACUACCUCUUAACGCUUACUUCGCAUACCUUGCAUAUAGGUUCUAUGAAAAGUCGGACAGCGGGAGCUCUCGGAAACUCUUCCGAUUUUCUCUAAUACACCUGCCUGCGCUGAUGUUGCUGUUUCUGGCCAACAAAAAGGAAUGGUAUUUCAGCAAACCUGCCGGAGAGGAAAAGAAAAAGGAUUCCGCCUACAUUGCAAUCAAACAGUCUGCUAGUAGUCUUGGAAAUGUCCUGCCCGUAGCCGUAGCGGAAGGACCGAGAUAGUAAUGUUAACAUUGAUACAAAAAAAAAUGUUAAGUUAUGUUACUAAAAUAUACUUAGUGUUCUGCAACUUGUAAAAACAAAUAGUCAUUUAAUAUUUAAAAACCGUACCUCCGUGGGGCAAAUGCUUCUUGCUUCAAUAAAUAAAAUGACCAUGUCCUUACAUCUAGUACAA